CAUUUACUCGUGCGUGUUUGUAGACUCGCGAAUUACCAGAGAUUUCGAUUUUCUGAAAGCAAAUUGAGACGUGAAUUUGGCGUGAUCACCUGUUAAAUAUCACGUUGGAAGUGUUUUUAACAAAUUUAGAUUAUUACUGUGACUUGAAGAAUUAGAAACAUGUCUCUCUUUGGGUCUUUGAUGGGGGAUGUUGAAGAUGAUCCGUUUUUCGGCUCGCACAUGCGUCACAUGCGUCAAAUGAACAACAUGAUGAACUCUCUCUUCUCUGACCCGUUCGGCAUGCUGGGCGGCCCGCUGGCCCUCAUGCCGCGGUCCAACAUGGGCAUGGGCAUGGGCGGCAUGAGCAUGAUGCCGUUUAUGCCACAGAUGCCUCAGAUGAACAGAUUGUUCUCAGCAGACCUAGAGGGGCCGAUGACCGCCGGCAGUUCGUUCAGCAGCAGCACUGUCGUCAUGUCUUCGGGUGGACCCAACGGGAAACCUCAGGUAUUCAGCUCGACCAGCAGCACAAAGAUCGGCCCAAACGGCAUUAAGGAGACCCGCAAGACCCUGCAGGACUCACGCACUGGCACCAAGAAGAUGUCCAUCGGCCACCAUAUCGGCGAGCGUGGUCACGUGAUUGAAAAAGAGCAGAACGUGUAUUCGGGCGACCAGGAGGAAACGCAGGAAUUUAUCAAUCUGGAUGAGGACGAGGCUGAGGAUUUUGACAGAGAGUUCAUCGACAAGGCCGGGGUCUACAGUGGCGGUCGCGCCGCCCUGGCCGCGCCGCGCCUCGCCAUCGAGGCUGCGCCCGCGCACGACCACGCCGCCGCCGCCGCCGCACCACCCAAUUCGAAUAGCGAACGAGAAAGACGCGCCAUUCGGCCCGCGCCGCGCCGCCCGCUGAGAACGACUGCCAGCCCGCUCGCACUCCAUUCCAGUUCGUCCGUGCGCUCUGUUUACGGCGGCUCGCACCCGCAGCGCCACCGGCACGACCGCGCCCGCAACAAGCGACACUCCCCCGCCGAGCACUAGCUGCCACCGCUACACACCACACGAACCGACGGGCGGUAACAACCGGUAUUAUGCUAACGUCACUUUGAAUAACGUAUAUGGCGCGGGUUUAUGG